AUGGUUGCAUCAGACCGACGGAAGAAGGUAACGAAAGCCUGUGACUACUGUAAGAAAAGAAAAUACAAAUGCAGCGGUAGAUCUCCUUGUGAGCUCUGCUCCAAGAAGAAGAUCGAAUGCCGAUUCUCCUUUGUUGAUAGACGUACCAUCAAAACCAUUAACAAAACUCAAAAAACGUCCAAUGAGUCACAGCAACCAUCAAACAGUAUAUCUAAAGCUGUAUCACAAUCAAUAUCAGAUAAUAUCAGUGUGUCUGAAUCCAUCGGGUCCAACUCUAGUAUCAACAUUAUGAAUGAUUCUCCAACCAAAACUAGUGGUAUCCCUCAAAGUCUACAACCUUUGUUACUGUUCCCAUUAGAAGAAGCUGAAGAUAUACAGGAUUCAGAUGAAUCCAACAAUAAUGAUGAUACAUCUGGAAUUGAAGAAACCAACGAUUUCAACUCUCCUAGAGAAUCAAACAGGCUGAAUCAUAAUACCACACAGCUUUCAAAUAACGAAGGUAAGAGUUCACGUCUUCUUUUUGAUUCGGCUGGAAAUCUACGUUAUAUUGGUGAAAGUAGUCCACUAUCUCUCCUUUUCGAAUGCAGAAAUAUUUAUCGAAGUACCAUUGGAGAAUGUGAGUUCACUCAAGAUCCUCAAGGUAUUAAUAUCAUUGAUGAGCCAGCUAGAAUCAAUAACUGCAUACCUGUACAACUUCCAAAAAGGGAACAUUGUAAUAUAUUGGUUAAGUUUUUUGAGACUAAUGUGAAUACCACCUGGUAUGUGUUUAAUAUGCAACAUUUUAAGGAACAAAUAGUUAAUUAUAUCUACGAAAAUCCAAUUAGGGCUGGUCCAGAAAAAUUGAUUCUUCUACACUUGGUGCUAGCGCUAGGUCUUCUUUAUGCUGAAACUUCCAAAAGCUUUCUUAUCGACGAUCUUGCAUCGCCACAAAUCAAUUCGCUAACAUUUUUUGAGAGUGGGAGUAAUUUGAUGAGAAAUACUGUUGAUAAUGGGAAGCUUUGGCUUUCAGAAGCUUAUUUUUUGAUAUAUUUCUACUAUCAAUCAACUUCAAAGAGAAGUACUUCAUGGAUUAUGCUUGGAAAUGCUAUUAGAAACGCACAAGCGCUUGGUCUACACAGAAAGUUUAUCAACGAGUCCUUUAGAGACAAAGAUUACAUCAUGCAUCGUCGUAAGCUAUGGAGAAGUUUAUAUGUUUGCGAUAGAGUUUCAUCAAUUUUGCUAGGAAGACCACUUUUGAUAGGUGAUUAUGAUUGGGAUGAUUAUGAAAACGAAGGUUUAAUUGAGUAUGAAGGUAAAAUUAAUCAUGAUAAGAGUACUUAUUGUCUUAUUGAAGUCGCAAAAGUAUGUAAAAUUAAUGGAAAAAUUGUACAAGAUUUUUAUUUAGAUGGGAUUAUUGAUCCAGAAAGAGCAGAGAAAUUAGCCAUUGAAUUAAAGUUGUGGUCCAUCGAUCUUCCACGAGAGUUACAGCUUGAUCGAAUCCUAUUUGGAGAACGCCAAAUGGGUCAACAACAAGAAAUAGCUCUGGAUAAUUUCGCUCUUUUGUUUCUUCAUAUACUGCAGUUGUAUGGAAUCAUGCUUUUGAGUAAACCAUUUUUCAUGUACAUUGUUUUUAAGAGGAACAGCAAAGAAAAUGGUUUUGCUACAAAUUCAUCCCGAAGAAAUAAACAUGAAACUACCAUGGUUAAUUUUUGCAAAGCAAGUGUUAAGUCAUCCGUUCUAACCAUCCAACUCAUACAUAUGUAUAAAGAAAAACAUCCUCAAAGAGUAGAACUGUACGUUACAGUCAAUUGUUGUUUUAUGGCAGCCUUGAUUCUUGGUCUUCUGAUUUUGCACAGAAACAGCAGUCGUGAUGUUACAGACGAAUUCAGCAUUACUUAUUUAAUGGAGGUAUUGAAUGCAGCCAAAGAUAUUUUACUGUUCUACGGUCUCAUAAAUGCAACGCUGAAAAGAUUCUAUCAUAUUGUGGAUAAAAUGCAAAGAUCUUUGGUAGAAGCCUUUGGUGAUGCUCAACGUAUGUUGGUUGAUGCAACUAAUGAUUUCUAUAAUAACAGAUCCAAUAUGUUAUCUCUUCCUCAAACUCCAUACUUUAAUCUGACCACAGAUUUGAAAUCGUUCAUGAACUUUCAACAAUUUUUUGUUCCAUCAACCAUUGGGGUUCCAGGUAAUAACAAUAAUAACUUUGCUACAAGAGUAGAGACUCCAGAUGCUGACGAGUCUCUUGAUGUGUUUAUGUGCAAUGUGGGCAUAAAUGAUAUCUUAUUUGACGGGAAUAUUUAG